GGUGCUGAUAAAAACACCCAGAGCAUGGGGCAGAAGGUUCCGGGAGGCAUAAAGACUGUGGACAUGCGGGACCCAGCGUUUCGGCCUCUCAAGCUGGAGCUGCAGGCCCUAGACUACACCAAGCCUGCCCGCUUGGACAUGUUACUGGACAUGCCCCCCGCCACACCUGAGGUCCAAGUCCAGCACUCCUGGAACAACGAUGACCGCUCGCUCAAUAUCUUUGUCAAAGAGGACAAUAAACUGAUAUUUCACCGGCACCCCGUAGCUCAGAGUACAGAUGCCAUCCGUGGACGGGUAGGGUACACGCGAGGGUUGCAUGUGUGGGAAAUCAACUGGGCCAUGAGGCAGAGGGGUACGCACGCUGUGGUUGGGGUAGCCACAGGGGAAGCCCCGUUACAUUCUGUAGGAUACACUGCACUUGUAGGAAACAACAACGAGUCCUGGGGCUGGGACCUGGGACGGAACAAACUUUAUCAUGACGGCAAGAACCAGCCCAGUAGGACUUACCCUGCUUUUCUGGAGCCAGAUGAGACUUUUAUCGUUCCUGACUCGUUUCUGGUUGUGUUGGACAUGGACGAGGGAACUCUAAGUUUCAUUGUGGAUGGACAAUAUCUAGGGGUUGCUUUCAGGGGACUGAAAGGCAGAAAACUGUACCCAGUAGUGAGUGCUGUAUGGGGCCACUGUGAAAUCAGAAUCCGGUACAUCAACGGACUCGAUCCUGAACCUCUGCCUCUAAUGGACCUGUGUAGACGCUCAGUGCGGGUAGCGCUGGGGAGAGAACGACUGAGUGAAAUACAUAGACUACCCUUACCUGCCUCCCUCAAGAACUAUCUACUCUACCAAUGAUGAUCGGAGGGCCUGUACUGCAGUGCAAGGCAAUAGCGCUUUUCUCUCUCUGGGAUUUUCUUCCUGAUAAACCUGUUUACUAAUUACCUUCUUUUGGAUUUGGUACAAUACUCCUGCUCUUAAUGGAUGUUUUUUUUUUUUUUUGCUGUUUUU